AUGCCAAAAGUCGCCAAGAAGGAGACAAAAGUCACCAAGAGAGGCAAGAACGAGGAGGUCAAGAAGCGCAAGAGAAAGGCCAAGAAGGACCCCAAUGCUCCCAAGAACCCCAUGUCGGCCUAUCUCCUCUUCUGCGAGGAGUGGCGCGAGAAGGUCAAGGCCCAGAACCCCGAUUCAUCCUUCGGUGAACUCGGUCGUCUCCUCGGAGAGCAGUGGAGGGCAUACACUGACGACCAGAAGGCUCCCUACAUUGCCAAGCACGAGAAGGCCAAGGCCAAGUAUGCUACCGAGAAGGCUGCUUACGACGCCAAGAAGGCUCAGGAGGAUGAAGACGAGGACGAGGAUGAGUCCGACUAA